AUGGAUAGAUAUGUAAAUAACGAUCGGAUUGGUCGGAAGCAUUUCGAGACGGGGAAUAAGAUGGACGUCGUUAAGGUUGAUGAUGGUAAGGGUAGCGAUGAUAAUGGUAGUGGUGGGUGUAAUAAUAACAAUAAGAAUGGUAGUGGUAGUAGUAGUAUAUGGCCUAUUUAUGCGGGGAGGCCAAUCCGACGAUUACGCCGCCAGGAGUUGGCUGGCCGUGCUAUGGCCGUGGCCGUAAGCUGGGCUGAGCUGGGCUGGGCUGGGAUAGGAUGCGAUAGGAUGGGAUGCGAUAGGCACGGCACGACACGACACGGCCAAGUCAAGCAAAGCAGAGCAAAGAGGGCCAGGCUGAGUAACCAAAUCCGCCUUCCUAAUUGCCGAUCUUGCACAUCCUCUACAUCUUCCAUAUCCUCCACAUCUUUUAUAUCCUCCACAUCCUCAACAUCCUGCACACACCUAUCCAAUCCACGCCCAUCUCAAUUCUCAUCUCAUCCUCCUCUUUCAAACCAACCACCCAACAACCAUCCCAUGUCCUCUCCCCCACGCCUUCGCCCUCGCCCUCCUCCUCCCCCCCCUCAACCACCCGUCCCUCCCCUCGGCGCCCUCAUUGACCGCGUCAUCGACGACCUGCAAUACCCCCCUCUGCACCACUCCCCUUAUCCUCGCCGCCGUCGCAACACCGAUCCGUACACCAUCCUCCAUCCUCCCCCGCCUUUCAAUCCCGCAAGCCGAGGACCGGCACGAAGACAAAGACCGGGCCAAAGACAAAGACAAAGACAAGCCCGAACGACUCCAUCAAUAUGGCUCCUCUCCCUCCUCGCAGCCCUCGCAGCCGUCGCGGUCGCGAUAUAUCUACGCAAUCCGAACGAAACUUCAACCUUCCAUCCAUCAUCAACCUCAAACACAACAUCCCCAAGAUCCGCGUCGAGUAUCUGCGCGCAAUUAAACGAGGCCGAAAACAUCACUGCUCGGGUUCUAUCCGUCUACGCCGCCGACGCUAAUGCCGAUGCCGACCAUGCAAACCUGCAGUUUGAGAAGUGGUAUCGAUGCAGCCGAUUCUUUGCGUCUGCGUCCGAUGCCGCCGCUGGAUGUACGGAUGUCUUUGCUGCGUUUACCGGCGACGCUGAACACAGCCGCAGACGAGAAAUCCGCUACAUCCUUACCGCGACGCGGAAGUGUUUCGACGAGAAUACAACAUCAGCAUCAGCAUCAGCAUCAGCAUCAGGCUUAAGAUCUAUCUUCAAACACCUCCCAAGCUUCAACUUCGGCUUCCCCUCCGACGACGCACACACCCGCCAGAGAUGUCUCGACGGCCCGCUCGAGCGCUUCCAGCGCUUACUCGCGCGGGACGUCGGCGCCGCCGAGGAGCGGGAUCGGCUUGCGAGAAGGGUGGAGAAGGAGUGGGCGGCGUAUCGGCGGGGGGUGGGGAAGGUGUUGGAGGCGUUUAUGCGGGGGGGGGAGAGGCCGCCGGUGGUGGGCGGCGCGGGGGAGAGGUGGGAUUUUCGGGGGUGGAGUGUUGGUGUUGAUUUUGGUGAUGGGGUUGGUGUUGAUUUUGGUGGUGGUGGGGGGGAGGGGGAUGAAAGGGAAGAGUGGGAAGGAGAAAGGGAUGGAAAACACAUGGAACGAGUCUACUGGUCUAGCCUCUCGCUUAUCGCCCGCCGAGAGAUCCUUUGGUUCUGGGAACGGCAUCCUGGGGCUGCGCUUUCUUCGCUUUCUUCGUAUGAUGAUGAUGCGGGUAAGAAGAGAUAUUCUUAUGCUCGCGGUGAGGGCGCGGAGGCGGGAGAUCGAAGUGGAAGCGGAAGUAGAAGUGGAAGUGGAAGUGGAAGUGGAAGCGCAAGUGGAAGUAAAGAAGAAGCAGAAAUCGCCGGCUGGCGCGCCCGGCGCGAGACGAUCUCGGACGUCUUGCGCGAGGUGGUCGUGGUUGGUGGUAUUGCUACUGCUAGUAAAGUACGUUCUUUAGCAGCAAUAGCAUAG